AUGGAAUUCCGCCGCUAUUUCGAAGAUUGUAUCAUCGGAAACGAAAUUCCAAAAACACAUGGCUCGAAGAGCAACUCGUUCUUACGAUUGCGCAGGCCACGAUGCUACAGUGCCAAGACAAGAAAAUUGGCCUUUGACGAGCAGUCAUAUCCCAAGAUGCUAGGAGCCACCAUCACGCAUGAGUGUUGGCGGUGGCUGGUCUGGAACUGGGCGCCCUUUUACAUUGAUCAGCUGUGUGUGCAUCCGCCAUACACCGUUCACGCUGAUCCAAUCAAGAAGCAAGAAGAGAACCAACGAGUUUCGAAGCUUAACGCAAUUGCGUACGUCAGAGCCACUCAUGGAAUCCUAGCCAAUCCGCCAGGCGGUAGGGGGGAAUGGACUAUGGUCGAGCUGCGUAUUCUUGGAAGCCGCGCUCUUCACCUACCGGAUAACUUUGGAGAUCCUACCGCAUUGCUCAAACUUGGCCCAGGAUAUUCCACUGAGCCGCUAGACUGCUUGAUAUGA